AUGGAGGCAACGGAGAUAGCAGCAAAUAAAGAAGCUGAGGCAAGUAUUGAUCUGUUGGCAAUUGUGCUGGACACGAAUCCGUCACAGCAGAUUGUGCGCCAAAAUCCACAAAAUCUGACACAAAUUCUGGAGGCCGUCAUCGCCUUUGGCAAUGCGCAUCUUAUGCAAAAGGCCCAAAACAAAUUGGCCGUAAUAUCCUGUUCACAUCAUGCCACCGACUUUCUGUACCCCCUGCCUGGGCGGCAAGUGGAGCUGCGUCAGAUUGAUGGCCAAUAUGAGGCGUUCAGCUUGGUUGAGAAGACCGUGAAGCAACAAUUGGGCAGCAUACUAAUGAAUGCGCCACGCCUGAGCGCAUCCUGCGAGAGUUUACUGGCUGGCAGCAUGUCCAUGGCCCUUUGCUACAUAUCCCGCCUGCAACGCAAUGUCGCCGCUGGCGUUAAGAUGCACUCACGCAUUCUGGUGCUCACGGGCAGCAAUGAGUGCGCCUCCCAGUAUAUGACCUAUAUGAACGUGUUCUUUACGGCCCAGAAGCUGGGCAUUGUCAUCGACACUUGCGCAUUGGACAAGACACUCAGUCUGCUGCAGCAGGGCUGUGACAUAACGAAUGGCCAGUUCCUCAAGGUAACCCAGCUGGAUGGUCUGCUACAGUAUUUGCUAUGGGUAUUCUUGCCAUCGCCCCAAAUGCGUCACAAAUUGGUGCUCCCACCGACCCCAAAGGUUGACUAUCGCGCCUCGUGUUUCUGCCAUCGCGAGCUCAUCGACAUCGGCUACGUUUGCUCCGUCUGCCUGUCCGUAUUCUGUAAAUAUAGUCCCAUCUGCACCACAUGCCACACCAUCUUUAAGAUGCCUGGACCACUGCCCGUUAAGCCCAAGAAGAAAAAGAAGACUGAGAAACAAAUGUGAGCGAACAUUUUAGUUCUUUUAUUAUUUCACGCUGCUCGGGCUCAAAACUUUUUAUGUAAAUGUCGAAUUAAUACAGAUAUAUGAUAUAUGAA